GGGCCGGGCGCCCGGUGCUCACCCGCCGGAGCCAAUUUGCGGUAGGCUCGGGCCCACGCCCUAAAGGGUUAAACCUUUCUCAUGUUACCGAGCGGCUUAUAAGGAGGGGGAGGCCAAGCCUCCGCCUUAUUGGGAGCCUUUUGGGGUUUAUUCUCUUCCUUCUAACUUGAUUAAGAAUGACCCAGAAGACAUCACAGCUUUGUUCCAGAGCCAAUGUUUAUACUCAAGUGCCUGAUGGAGGAUGGGGCUGGGUGGUAGCUGUGUCUUUUUUCUUCGUUGAAGUCUUUACCUAUGGCAUCAUCAAGUCAUUUGGUGUCUUCUUUAAUGACUUAAUGGACAGUUUUGAUGAAUCUAAUAGCAGGAUCUCGUGGGUCAUAUCAAUAUGUGUAUUUGUCUUAACAUUUACAGCUCCCCUUUCUGCUGUCCUGAGCACCCGUUUUGGACACCGUCUGGUAGUGAUGGCAGGGGGCCUGCUUGUCAGCUCGGGAAUGGUGAUGGCCUCCUUCUCCCUGGAGCUCUACCACAUGUACAUCUCAAUCGGCAUCAUAUGCGGUUUGGGAUACUGCUUUAGCUUCCUACCAACUGUCACCAUUUUAUCUCAGUACUUUGACAAAAAGCGCUCUGUGGUCACGGCACUUGCUUCCACGGGAGAAUGCUUCGCGAUGUUUGCUUUCGCCCCAGCAAUCACGGCUCUGAAGGACAACAUUGGCUGGAGAUACAGCCUCCUCUUCGUGGGCCUGCUGCAGCUGAACAUCGUUGUCUGCGGGGCGCUGCUAAGACCAAUUAUUAUCAGAGGACCAGGGUCCCCGAAAGCAACCGCCCAUGAGAAUCGGAAAGAAGUGCAAUAUAUGCUCGAAAAUGAGAAAACACGCACCUCAAUAGACUCCAUCGACUCAGGAGUAGAACUAACUACCUCACCGAAGAAUGUGCCUAGUCAUGCCAACACAGAACUGGGGCCAAAGGCCGACAUGCAGCAAAUCCUGGUGAAGACCAGCUCCAAGCCCGGCGAUAAGAAAGCCCCUUUAUUGGACUUCUCAAUCUUGAAAGACAGAAGUUUUAUCUGUUACGCAUUAUUUGGUCUUUUUGCAACACUGGGGUUCUUUGCACCUUCCCUGUACAUCAUUCCCUUGGGCAUCAGUCUAGGCAUUGAGCAGGAGCAAGCUGCUUUUCUGUUAUCCACGAUGGCCAUUGCUGAAGUUUUUGGAAGGAUUGGAGCAGGUUGUGUCCUCAACAGAGAGCCCAUUCGCAAGAUCUACAUCGAGCUCAUCUGCGUCAUCUUACUGACGGUGUCUCUCUUUGCCUUCACUUUCGCGACCGAGUUCUGGGGUCUCAUGUCAUGUAGCAUCUUUUUUGGUUUCAUGGUUGGAACGGUAGGGGGUACCCACAUUCCGUUGCUCGCCGAAGAUGAUGUCGUGGGAAUCGAGAAGAUGUCUUCUGCUGCUGGUGUGUAUGUCUUCAUUCAGAGUAUAGCAGGACUGGCCGGACCACCCCUUGCAGGUCUGCUGGUGGACCAGAGUAAGGUUUACAGCCGCGCCUUCUAUUCCUGCGCGGCCGGCAUGGCCGUGGCCGCCGUGUGCCUCGCGCUCGUGAGACCGUGUAAACAGGGACUGUGCCAGUGUCACCCUGCGGGCGAAGGACAGGCAGAGAGUCCUCGCGGGAAAGCUUUACAAGACAUACCCGAAGACUUUCUCGAAAUGGACCUUGGGAAAAAUGAGCAUAAAGUUCACGUGAAAAUGGAGCCAGUAUGACAGGCUUCCCAGGAAGGGCCACCACCCCGUCGGCUGAGGGGGGGGCGGGACACAGGGAGGUACUGGGGGCUAGCCACUCUCCCCACUUUUAAAAUCUGCAUUUUAAAGGGAAUGUACACGAGAAUACCACCAACAUCAUUUUUUUUUUUUUUACCUUUUAAGUUUUCCUUUUAGCUUGUUUCUUAAGCCAAAACAAAAACAACCCAGCACUCUUCUGUACGUAAGUCUGGUUGCAUUCGGUAGCAACCCAGAGAUACAAAGAAGGACCCUGUGGCUCACAUUCCAGUUUUAAAAUAGUGACGCGAAUUGGUAAAGUGGUUUUUAAGAGCUCUCAAAUGUGAUAAAAGGCUAUCUAACAAAAGGAAAGCUAGCCCAGGUCACUGAAGUGAAAUUGGCCACUCAAAACAAACAAACAAAACUUAAAUCAUUUUUAAAAUUUCUCGUUUUCAGAAAUACGAGCAAAUUGCUUGACACCCCUUGGAAAACACUGAGGUCUCCAUUCACAAACAGUGGCCUCUCCGUUUUUCAGAUAUUCCGUGGGAAUGAAGUACAGUUUAAGACCAAACAUUUGGCGAAUAAGCAGAAAUUAAAAAAAAAAAAUCUAUAACUUUGAACUUCAUCAAUGUGAAGAUUACCACUUCUUUUUAUGGCCAGUCAUUACCAGAAGUAUUUCAACACAGAAGAUAAUGACAUUCAAAAAUGUGUUUCCUGUUGCUUUUAAUUAUUCAGAAAUAUGUGACGGUAGUGUCUUUAAUUUAAACCACUAUUUAUUAUUAAGUUAUUCUAGGAUGAUUAAUCAAAAGAAAUAAAAUGAGACCUAAGCAUCAUUUUUACCUCCUUUUUGCAACCCUCUAAAUGCCUCAAAGAAUACUUACCUUGUAAAGUCACUCUCAUAAGAGGGCCAAGUUCUAAUGAUUCUUCAAUUUGAUUAAAGGCCACAUGUGCUAUUUGAAGGGGAAAAAAUAAUCGCCUUAGCUUUUUAAAAUAAUUUGUUUUAUCACCUAAGAAUACUUGAGGAUCUCCUUUGAUCGGAAUGAUAUUUCAUUGAAUUGUUGAAGCAUUUCUGAUUUUUUUUUAACAGCUAACUGUUGAAGCAUUUCUGUAUUUCACAUGGGGUAGCAGAGACAUGUAUUUUUACCAUCAUAAGUUACAAGUUGCGAUUUACAUCGUAUAUAAGCCUUGAUUGCUCUAAGUUGCCAGAGUUAUCAGGUAACUGGUUGCUGUUGGUUUGUUUUUUUUGUUUGUUUGUCUGUCUGUUUUUGGAAUUACACUACAUGUAUAAGUAUUUCUCCUUUUCUCAUUUUUCUGUAAAGAGGGCAAGUGUGACUACUUACUUAUAUGUACUGAAUCUCACUCUCCAGGUGACGGUCGCUCUCUGCUCCAUCUUUUAUUCAUCUUUACUGUUAAUUUAUGACAACUCAGGGGGAAAAAAUAUAACAAGCCUAGUUUGGUUACAGGUACACACAAGCUUGAAUAUUUCUCUGCACUGAAAUGCAAGUGGCAUAGCUCAUCACCACCUGCUACAUUUUGUAUAGCAUUUUAUCAGCCAUAGAAAUAGGACAAUCUGGAAAAUUCUGGGGGGUGGGGGAGAAAAACGACAAAGUGUCUGUCGCAAACAGACACACCUAAUCAAGGUGGAUGUAGCAAAUCUCUGUCACGGCUUGAGAAGGACUUUGAGCAUGUGGCAGUUUUGCAAACUUCCAUAACUUCAGCACUUUACAACAUUUUUUACUAUGAAUGUUCAAUACAAUUGAAUAUUUAUAACUGAUUUCUGAGCAACCGGCUCUAAGUCCAUUCUGUUAACUGCAUGAAAAAAAAAUGUAUGCCAACUUAAGUAUGUCAAUAAUCCGGUUUUAAAUGUUUGGAAGAAAAUCAAAACAGGAUUGCUGAUUUGUUCUGUAUUCGUGACAUUCUGGUACUUCUAGAUUUGCAAUAAAUGUAUGGCUUUUUUUAUGUAGAGACUGAUUAGUUUUUUUAUAGACUCCUCGGCAUUCAUUGUUUGAUCCAA